CAUCAACCAUUCUCUCCAUCUUUUCUUAUAAAGGUAAUCAUCGGAACAAGCAUGUCCGAGCAGAAUGGAUCAUGGAGAAAAACAGCUGGUUCGAAAGGUAGCGGCGGACCAGAGGGUGGACAUGGCAGUAAUAGAGGUUCAGGAACGAGAGGUAAAUCAACUCGUGGAAGAGGAACUAAUGGCAAGGGAGGAGGAGGAAGAUCAACGCAAUCACAAAGCGUAAUAAAUUCUAACUCCAAACAAACAGUCGCUUCUUCAUCAAAAGUACUACCUAACCUACCUCCGCCAAUGCAUAAUCACACCUUCUUUCGAGAUGAAUAUCACGACGUCUUUACAGGUGGCAAGAUCAAACAGGAAAAAUUAGUAAAUGCAAAGAAUCCUUUGCAAACGUAUGUAAGUGCUCGAACAGGAAAAGUCCCAAGCUAUGAAGCUCAAGAAGGCUUUGUGGGAGGAGGGCGUGAAAGUUCUAUUCGAGUGACCGUGAUGGCAGAUGAAACGCAUAAUAUCGUUGGAUAUGGGGAUGCAAAAACGCAAAAAGAAGCAGAAAAAUUAGCAGCCCUACAUGCGAUCUUACAGCUCGUCAGAUCCGAUCUUUACUUCCAAAAAGUCAGUGCUGCCACAAAAGCUGCGGUAAAGGAAGCAAACAAGAACCAAGCAGCAACUAAUGUUCAACCCAACGGUGGACCUGCUGGGGAGCUUCAAGAUGGAACAAAGUUCACUGUUGAAAAUGCAAGACAGUUCAUCGACUUUUACUGCACACAAUUUCACUUUGGAAAACCAGAAAUCUCCUUGCAACGAGCCAAAAAAGCUUCAAUUGAUGGAAAGAGGAUGAUACAGAAAGAUUGGAAAGCAACUAUAAUUGUUGGUGGAGCUGCGCUUGCAGAGGUAGUUGCUUCGGCGAAGAAAGCAGCAAUGACAAAAGUCUACCUCGAGGCCGUCUCAUACAUAGUCAGUCAUGAUCUGAGUAUAUGGAAAACAUUCACAGCAAAUCAACAAAAGCCCAGUGCUAGUGCAUUGACGAUGGGCAGUGUACCUCACGUCAUUUUCAAUAUGUCGGAAGAACUGGAUGAUGAGGUUCGCAGCACUUACGAGUAUACCCGAGAAAGUCUCUUAUUUGCCAAUCGACCUCGUCCUGCAGGUUUUCUUCAAGCAGGCGAAGCAGCUGAUCCAGCACCAAAGAGCAAACAGCGUUCCCGAGACGAACGUAACAAAGUUGUCAAAGUGUCAGACAAAGCAUUGGAGGAGAAAUCGGCGAAGCUGUUGCGUGAUUUGGAGGAUUAUCAAGUGGACGAGAAGAUGAGCAAGAUGCGUUCACAACGAAAUAGUCUGCCUGUUCAUCAAAAAGCGACAGAUGUGCUGGUGAAAAUCGAACUGAACCAGAUCACGAUCGUCAUGGCAGCUACUGGAUCGGGUAAAACUACUCAAAUUCCUCAAAUCUUAUUCGAUGAUUAUAUCAUGCAAAAUCAGGGCGCCAAUUGCAACAUCAUCUGUACGCAACCACGUCGAAUUGCCGCAAUCAGUGUAGCAGAACGUGUGGCAAAGGAACGUGGUGAGAAUAUUGGAUCAACGGUUGGUUAUCAAGUUCGUUUUGAGAAUAAAGCACCUCAACCAAAUGGUUCAAUCACUUUCUGCACAACAGGAGUUUUUUUGAGACGUUUGCAAUCCGCUCUUGGUGACGAAGAAUCUUCCAACACCUUUUUAGACAGCCUAACGCAUAUCAUCUUGGAUGAAGUGCACGAAAGAGAUUUGGAAACAGAUCUUUUACUUGUCGUUCUGAAACGUUUGUUGGCAGAACGCAAACGUAUGAACAAGAAGGAGAUCAAAUUGGUGCUCAUGAGCGCUACGAUUGAUCCAAAAAUGUUUUGCGAAUAUUUUGCCGAUUCUCUGACAGGUUCUCCAGCCCCAGUAGUGGAAGUGUCUGGAAGAAGCUUCCCUGUUGAGCGCCAUUAUCUGGAAGAGACAUAUCAUGAGCUUGACAGCUUGCGUUUACCACCUCGAGCUGGAGGCUGGGUCUGGGCAGAGAAGAAUGUAAGAGAAUACUUAGAUCGAGAACUUUCGCCCAAUGCUGGGAUGGAUGCAACUAUGGUCAAAAAUGGUAAUGGAGAGAUCAAAGAUUUCGUUGAUGAUUUGGAGAUUCCAUAUCCUUUGGUUGCUUUGAUGAUCGCAGACGUUCUGGCAAGAUCAGAUGAUGGUCACGUACUUUGCUUUUUGCCCGGUUGGGAUGAAAUCAAGAACGUGCAUGCCAUCUUGGAAGAUACAUCUGGACAUCCGCUUAUGGAAAUAAACUUCAAUGAUCGAGACCGAUAUGAAAUUCACAUUUUGCACUCAAGUAUUCCUGUUGCUGAUCAACAGGCGAUCUUUGAACCUGUUCGCAAAGAAGGUAUCCGACGCAUCAUUCUGUCGACGAAUAUCGCAGAAACGUCAGUGACAAUUCCAGAUGUCGUGUAUGUGAUCGAUACUGGUCGGGUGAAGGAAUCUCGCUACGAUCCUGAACGUCAUUUGAGCAGUCUUGUUAGUGCCUGGGUCGGAACUUCAAAUAUCAAUCAGCGUGCAGGUCGUGCAGGACGUCAUCGACCUGGUGAGGCAUACGCGAUCUUCUCGAAAGCACGUUAUGAUCGUCUCAACGUCAGUUCAACGGUUGAGAUGAAACGUGUUGAUUUGAGUAACGUUGUAAUGCAUAUCAAAGCACUCGAUAUUCCUGGCAUGGACGUUGAAGAUGUUUUGAAUGCGGCAAUCGAGCCACCGGCUUCUGAAAGGGUGACAGCAGCGAUGGAUAAGCUGGUCUUGGUGGGCGCAUUGGAUGCUAAUCGUGAUCUGACAUCGUUGGGACGGGUUUUAUUACAAUUGCCCGUUGAUGCUUCGAUUGGAAAAAUGUGUCUCUAUGGCGCAUUUUUCCGUUGUUUGGACCCAGCACUCACAUUAGCAGCAGUCUUGACCAACAGAGACCCUUGGAUGGCUCCUUUACCAUUGAAAGAUGAAGCUGGUGCUAUCAAGAACAGCUGGAGCUUGCCACAUUUCCGAUCGGAUCCUUUGGUCACCUUGCGCGCUUAUACUCAUUGGGAUGAAAUGAUGAAGCGUGGAUCGCAAUGGGAAGCAUCCAAAUUUUGCAACGAAAACUUCUUGGGUAGGAUUACGCUUGGGCAAAUUCAACAGGUGAAAGAGCAUCUUUUCCAAAGUAUUGAGAAAGCAGGCAUUCUCGAAGCAGUUUUGGGAAACGACGGUAAUGAGCCCAGCCGUGGACCAAAACGAAGACCGCCUUUCAGACGUCGUGUAUUCUCAACGAUGCCUGAAUUGAACGCAAAUUCUCACAGUACCACCCUGUUGGCAGCCUUGAUCGCAUUGGCCAGUGUACCAAACUUUGCUGUCCGAACGAGAGAGCGUGUUUAUCGAACGAGUCAAGACAAAUCUACCCAGAUUCAUCCGUCCAGUGUUCAACAUGUCAAACAUACGAAGCAAGAAGAAGAUUACAAAGGUGAGCGUGUCUUGUACGCCUUUAAUGAAAAGAUCAAGAAUGUCUCUCAAGCUGGUGGCGGACCGGGCGGUCCAACGAUGUUGAGAAAUGUGACAAGAUUGGAUCCAUUAACGUAUAUGCUCUUUGGCACUAAAUCCAUGAGGCCGACUGUUGACGGUGGAAUGUUGUGCGAUGAUUGGUUACCGAUUCAAGGUAAUUACGAUGCUUUGGAUGAUGUAGAUCGAUUGAAAGCUAUUUUGGAUGUUUGUAUGCUGCGUGUAUUCGAAGCCAUUCAACCUGAAGGAGGCGCAGAAGGCAAUUCACCCAAAAGAUUACAAGGCCGUGAAGUACAAGAGUUUGAACGAUUAACCAUGAGUAUUGUUCGAAUUUUGGAUGGAUUCUCAAGAGAACGAAUCGAAUCUGAAAGUCGAGGCUCAACACGACCUGCAACGCCUUUAACACAAGCAAACGGAGGACAAGGAGGAGGUAGUGGGCGUAGCACACCUUUCCAUCAACAACAAAAACAAACCGAUUAUGGCGGUGUUGGAUUACGAUUUUAGGGUAAUGUUUGUGUAUAAUAUUGAUUCUUACCUCUACGUAUUAGUAAAUGUAUACCCCCUCUUUGUACAUUGUACAUUACGCCAAAAAGCGAUGCUUUGUGUGAUGUGAUGAAAUUGAUAAUCGAAGAUGCCCCAUAGCCUUCGCGGCUAUACGCCAGAAUGGAUGGUGAAGAAAGACGGA